AUGAAGCAGCUGUGUCUGUGCGCCGCCGCCUCCUUCGCGAGCCAGGACUGGGGCAAAAGUGACGAGCGGCUGCUGCAGGCGGUGGAGAACAAUGAUCCCACGCGGGUGGCCUCCCUCAUCACCCGCAAGGGGCUCGUGCCCACCAAGCUGGACCCCGAGGGCAAGUCCGCAUUCCACUUGGCAGCCAUGAGGGGUGCAGCCAGCUGUCUUGAGGUGAUGCUGGCACACGGCGCCAACGCCAUGAGCACGGACGGGGCAGGUUACAACGCCCUCCACCUGGCUGCUAAGUACGGGCACCCACAGUGCUUGAAGCAACUACUGCAGGCAUCCUGCGCGGUGGAUACAGUGGACAGCAGUGGGUGGACUGCCCUGCAUCAUGCAGCUGCUGGCGGCUGCAUCUCCUGCUCAGAAAUACUCUGCUCCUUCAAGGCCCAUCUGAAUCCCCGAGAUCGGCUGGGUACAACACCCCUCAUCAUUGCAGCUCAGAUGUGUCACACAGAUCUGUGCCGCCUCCUCCUGCAGCAGGGGGCUGCUGCAAAUGACCAGGACCUUCAGGGCAGGACGGCCCUGAUGCUGGCCUGUGAGGGAGCCAGCCCCGAAACAGUGGAGGUGCUGCUGCAGGGCGGCGCCCAGCCGGGCAUCACAGAUGCGCUGGGCCAGAAUGCUGCUCACUACGGCACCCUGGCAGGGGACAAGCUCAUCCUGCACCUCCUCCAGGAGGCAGCCCAGCGCCCCUCACCACCCAGCGAGGAUGAUUCAGGCGAGGCAUCAUCUCAGAAUUCUGUGUCCAGCCAUGACAAGCAAGGGGCCCCCAAGAAGCGGAAGGCACCUCAACCCCCCACCAAUAUCCCAAUGCCGGAUGACCAAGAUGCCUACGAGGAGAUCGUGCGGCUGCGACAGGAGAGGGGCCGUCUGCUACAGAAGAUCCGGGGCCUAGAGCAGCACCAGGAACGAAGAAAGCAGGAGCUGCCAGAGGCAGAGGCCAGUUCCCUCCACAGCCUGGAGAGACAGGUCCAAGAGCUACAGCAGCUUCUGGCCGAGAAGCAGGAGGAGAAGGAGAGCCUGGGCCGAGAGGUGGAGAGUUUGCAGAGUAGGCUCUCCCUUCUGGAGAAUGAGCGGGAGAACACCAGCUAUGAUGUGGCCACCCUGCAGGAUGAGGAGGGUGAGCUACCCGAAUUCCCAGGGGCUGAGGUGCUGCUCUCCAAGCAGCUAAGCCCGUCGGCCCAGGAGCUCUUGGCUUCGCUGCAGGAGCAGGUGGCCAUGCUCACCAGACAGAACCAGGAGCUGAUGGAGAAAGUCCAGAUCCUGGAGCACUUUGAGAAGGACGAGAUGGAGGCAGAUGGUCUGGCCGAGGUCAUUCCUCUGGAGCUCUACAAUGCUCUCCAGGCUGAGUUUGACCAGCUCCGCAGGCAGCAUGCCAAAGCCCUGCAGGCGCUGGAGCAGCAGAAAGCUCGGGAGGCCCUUGCAGAAGAGGAGGCAGCCUCUAGGGAGGGCAAAGGUCUGGGAACCAAGACCUCCAGAAAUGGGCCGGUGGAAAUAGCGCUUAACGGCACUGCAGCUCCGGAAACCAGAGUGAAUGGAGUCGAGACCACGGACGAGGAGGCUGCAGGAGUAGAAACCAUGGAAGCCCUGUCACAGAGCUUGGAAGUCGUGUCCACGAUGGCCGAGGCCACGGACACGGAGACCACGGAAACAGAGGGUGUGGGGGCCCAGCCCUUGGAAACAAAGGCCACAGGAGCUGAGGUUACAGAAAUGAAAACUCCAGAAGGAGGAGGAAACCCAGAACCAAAGGCCAUAGGAGCAGAGACCACCAGUAUGAAAACAGAAAUGAAGCCCACUGGAGUAGGUGCAGUGGAAGAGCUCACAGGCACAGAGGCCAUGGGAGAGGAGGUCAUGACCCCGAGGGUCCUCACAGGCCCCAUCCUGCACCCGGGUGCUGCAGAGGCCUCAGAAAAGCUGCAGACCGAGCUAGAGACCAGGAUCCGCAGCUUGGAGGAGGCGCUCAGGCAGCGGGAGCGGGAGGCGGCCGCCGAGCUGGAGGCGGCCCACGGCAAGUGCGAGGCCGCGGAGGCCGAGGCGGGCCGGCUGCGGGAGCGGGUGCGGGAGGCUGAGGGCGGCCGGGCUAGCGGGGUCAGAGAUGGGGACACAGGCCAGCUGCGGGCUGCCCUGGAACAGGCCCGCGAGGACCUCCGGGACCGGGACUGCCGUCUCCGGGAGUUAGAGGCAGCCUCGGUCCUGCUGGACGAGGCCCGGGCCGGCCGGCUGCUGGCCGAGGAGGAGGCCCGGGGCCUGCGGGCAGAGCUGGCCCGACGGGAGGAGGCGCGGCUAGAGCUGAGCCGGGAGCUGGAGGCGCUGCGGGAGCAGCUGGUCGUGGCCACGGCCACCGGGGAGCAGCAGCGGGCCACGGCCGCCGAGCUGGGCCAGGCGCGGGAUGCGGCCGAGGCCCGGGCCGCGGAGCUGUCCGUGGCCUGUGAGGAGGCCCGGCAGGGCCUGGCAGAGCUGCGGGAGGCCUCCGAGGCGCUCCGCCAGUCGGCCGUGCCGGCCUCCGAGCACCACCGGCUGCAGGAAGAGGCUCUGGAGCUGCGGGGCCGGGCCGCCUGCCUGGAGCAGGAGGUGGUGGCCACGGGCAAGGAGGCCGCCCGGCUGCGCGCAGAGCUGGAGCGCGAGCGGGCGGGCAGCAUGGCCCGCCUGGAGCACGAGCGCAUCGUGGGCGCCCUGCAGGCCGACGUGGCCCGGUUGCAAGGGCAGCUGGAGGAGCUGGGGCGACGCCACGAGAAGACCACAGCCGAAGUCUUCCAGGUGCAGCGGGAGGCGCUGUUCAUGAAGAGUGAGCGACAUGCGGCGGAAGCCCAGCUGGCCACGGCUGAGCAGCAGCUGCGGGGGCUACGAACUGAGGCCGAGCGGGCACGCCAGGCCCAGAGCCAUGCCCUGGAGGCCCUGGAGAGGGCCAAGGAGAAGGACAAGAAGAUCACGGAGCUCUCCAAGGAGGUCUUCAGUCUUAAGGAGGCGCUGAAGGACCAGCUGGGGGCCCCAGACUCCUUGGAGGUGGAAGCCCUCCGUGGCCAGGUGAAGGCUCUGCGGGAGCAGCUAGAGGAGGCUGCCAGGGACCACAGUGCAGUGGUAGCCUUGUACAGGAGCCACCUCCUCUACGCCAUUCAGGGUCAGAUGGAUGAAGACGUGCAGCGAAUUCUGAGUCAGAUUCUGCAGAUGCAGAGGCUCCAGGCCCAGGGCCGCUGAGAGCAGAGGACUGCCCUCUGCCCCCCUAGGCCUCUCACGGGGGCUUGGGGACUCAUGCACUGACCUUCCGCGCUUGGAGACUAGCCUGGGCCCCUUCCCCACUGUCCUCACUGCCUCCACCGGCCCCACUGGUCCCUGCGUGCACUGGGCAGUCUAGACCCCGGCCCUAGACCCCGGCUCCUGCCACCGGGGAAUCUGAGUCCUCUCCCCAACAUCUGGUCCCAAACACUACCCCAGGAAUAAAAGCUCACGGAGCA